AUGCUCUCGACGCAUUCGUAUCUCGCUGCCCCUCCAAUUACCCCGACGAUUCCCCACGACUCACGGACAGACGGUCCGGCUGCUAUCACAAAGCAACAACACUCUCAGAACCAUUUGGAGGUGCCUGAUAUUCCUUGGACCGGCCCGUUUAGGGACGGCCUUCCCACCCCUCCGAGCGACAUGAAUGGCGUCGCCUACUCAAACUUACACUCUUAUGGAGGGAAACCCGAAGGAUAUGCUGUUCCUGUGUACAACAAAGUCCCAUCCUAUCCACGGAUGGGUGCUGACUUUGUAAACCGGAUGACCCAGCAGCAACAGCAGCAGCAGCAGCAACAACCAAAAACUCAGGUGCUCAGCAAGCAACCGUCAAAUCUCCAGACGGACAAUCAGACGGACAACCAGACAAAAGAUAAGGAUAGUUCCAGACCUUCUUACCUCCAGGUUCCUGCCUCAAUCAACAAUGGGAAGGGAAACCUGCCGGAUUUUGCUGCUCAGAUGACCUGCCUGUUUUGGUUUGAGAGCUCGCCGAAGCUGAGGGCGAUCGAGGAACGCUCCAGUCAUGGGGCCUCACUUUCGCCUGAAGCGAUCCCUUCAGUUGGCUUCCAGAAGUGGGUGUCGAGCAUCCUCUCGACGACGCAAGUGAGCCAGAACGUUGUUCUGCUGGCGCUUCUCUUCAUCUACCGGCUGAAAAAGUCCAACCCUGCAGUGCGUGGGAAAAAGGGCAGCGAAUACCGCCUGAUGACAAUUGCUCUCAUGUUGGGGAACAAAUUCCUCGACGACAACACCUACACCAACAAGACCUGGGCGGAUGUGUCUAGGAUAUCGGUUCAGGAGAUCCAUGUAAUGGAGGUGGAAUUUCUAAGCAACCUUCGAUACAACCUUUAUGCAUCCGAGAAGGAAUGGGCACAGUGGCACGUCAAACUCAGCCUAUUUGCCGACUUUUUCAAUAGCGCACCCCUGGCUUCGGACAAUAACGAUGUACUUCCCACCCCUCCAGUCCUUCGUCUCUCGCCGAGCUUCGGAGCCGCACGAACUCAGCUGUCACCGACUUCCACGAGGCUGCCAUCGCCCUCCACUGAGCCUGUACACUCCCAACCAUGGCCCCCUGUGAAUGGUUUUUCAUAUGGUGGCCUCUCUCAAGCCGCGAGCGAAAUACCCCCGAUUAAUACCUCUCGAAAGCGGCGCUAUGAAGAGCCAGUUGAAGAGCAACAUCCGUCCAAGAAAAUGGCUUUGCCGAAUAUGCCGCUUCCGUCUUCAAGCCUGCCACCUGCGACUCAGAUGAGCGUGCCGGCUUUGCCACCAAUGAUGGCUCCAACAUCGGCACCGCCACAACAGAGCAUUCCUGGACCUGCUCCACGGUUGCCUCCCAACAACUCUGUUCCGAACCUCCCCACCUCCCUGCCUCAGCUAUCCACCACACCUAGUCGCUCUACUAUGCCUCCAGUCUACAACCCUAGUACCUGGGCAUCGCAGAUUCCGACAUUCACGGCCUCUCAACCUCUGUCGAACGGUGUGCUGACCCCGGGCUUAUCUCUACCUGAUCCGUCAAGGCACCACAGCAGCCCGUACGGCAUGUCGUCGGCUACGGUUUCACCUGCCGUAUCUGCGUACGCUGUCCACACUCCAACUACCCACCUCUCUCCAUCGUUCUUCCUGGCGAACAGAAACUCCCCGUACCGUCCGGUGCGAAGCGUCAAUACGCUGCUGAUUCCUCCGCCCUCAGCUUCUCUCGAGCACCAGCGCUCCAUUCCUUUCGACCAUAUGCAUUAUCAGCCGUUAGGGAAGUCAACUGCUGAGCGCAGAACGGGGUUGUUGCCUUACCUCCACCACGAUGCAUUCACCCAAGGACCGUACAUUCCACCCAGCUUCCAUUCCACUCCACACUACUGA